UUACAUCCACGUCACCAGGAAAUACAUCCCGUGUGUGUCAACAUCUCUCACAUCCAUGGUGAACAUGCUGAGACAGGACUCCCAAGACGCUCCUCUUUUUGGUGAAGAUGACGGUGACAUCAGGCAAAGAAAGUCAAACAUUAGACAUCCACUGGCCUCUUUCUUCCAUGUCUUCUUCCGAACAAGUGCCAUCUUGGUCUACUUACUGUGUGACAUCUUCAGCAGUAGUUUCAUCGCCUGCAUGGUCACCAUCAUCCUCCUGCUGUCAUGCGACUUCUGGACCGUUAAGAAUGUAUCUGGCAGAUUGUUGGUGGGCCUUCGGUGGUGGAAUCAAGUAGAUAAAGAUGGAAAGAGCCACUGGGUAUUUGAGUCGAGGAAGACACACAGUCGCAAUGCAACGUCUGGUGCUGAGUCACGGAUCUUCUGGCUUGGACUCAUUGUAUGCCCCCUCUUCUGGAUUGUUUUUGUGUUCAGCACCAUCUUCUCCUUCAAGAUUAAAUGGCUGGCUGUGGUAAUCAUGGGCUUUGUUUUACAAUGGGCCAACCUGUAUGGCUAUGUCAGAUGCAAGGUCGGGGGAAAGUCCAAUCUGAGAGACAUGGCAAAGGACUAUCUUGGUGUCCAGCUUUUUAAACAGGUAUUGAAGAAAUCAGAAGAACCUUGAAGGAGUGACGACACAUCUGCAGUGUAAUACACUCAUUAUAUUUACGUGCUUCCUGUCUUUUCUGAGGAUAUAUAGGUUUUUGUAAUUUCACCCUUUACAAGAUUUUGAUCAAAGUGAUUGUCUAUGUUGUUUCUUCCAAUUCUUGACUGAUUAAUUCAGGAAUAAGUGCAAAAACUUUUCUAAUUAUUAAAAUAAAAUAAAAUAUGGUUACUCUUGGGAAUAAAUGUCAAACUUUAGUUUGGCAGUUCAGACCAGUCAUACUUUUCACCGAUGUAAGGUAGUGGUGAAAUUUAAUCAUGAUCAAACCAGUUUUGUUAAAAGCACUUUACUUUACUUUGCUUUGUCACAGUCCCUAAUCAGUUUUAAUUUAUCAUAAAGCAGGAAUUGGUAAUGUUAAAAAUACUUUCUUAUGGAAUUUGUAUUAAGGCAAUGCCCUAAAUUUAGGGCGGUUGGGUUUUGUGAAAUAUAACAUUGUUGGGUGUGGUAUGGGAGAAGUUUAAAGGAACACGCCACCCUAUUUUUGGAAUAGGGCUUAUCACGGUCUCCCCUAGUUGUUGAUAGGUGGGCCAACGUAUUUUUUGUCUUAGUGCAUGCAUUGUUUUAGUUCAGUGCAACACUGGCAGCGCCGCCGCUAGUUAGCUUAGCGUAGUGAAUGGAGUUCUUUGUUGCCGGUUAGCAUGUUGUGAGUAAAUGUGAGCCAACAAAAA